AAGCGAUGUGUUAUAUAGUUAGACGUCACUCUUAGAAUUGUCAUUCCACAUCAUAUGGUGGUGAAUUUUCGCAACCUUCUUUAUCUGUAUGGCUGUAGGCCUACUGUAUUCAGUCUCGCUAAUUUAGAAACCAUUAUUGCUGAUCGUUGAUCGCCGAUAGGAGGCCACAAGAGGAUUAAUGAAGAUGACUUCUCCCACUGUUCCGCUAUCAUGCCAUCGGCUGAUCCCGCCCAGGAGAUGGGUAGUAGUCGGAGCCUCGUUCCUUGUCUACACCGUACUCUUCGGUAUAACAUACAGCUACAAUGUUAUGUUUAUUGCUUUUAAAGAAGAAUUCAACAGCAGUGUUACAGUAACAGUUGGUCUUGACACAAAACUAGCACAGCAGCAGCAUGCUAAGACUUCACGUUCACUGACGUUGAUGAACAGACGUAUCCCCACACUCUCAGUUGGAUAGGAUCGGUGUCGAUCGGGUUAACUCUGAUGGUCGCCCCGCUGGUCAACAUUCUCACCGCGCGAUUCGGAUGCCGACGUGUCGCUAUAUUAGGCCUCUUAGUCUCGGCUGGUGCUCUCAUUGUGACGUCAUUUCUCACGGACAUUUUGGCGGUGUUUUUCGUGUAUGGACUAGUGUUCGGCGGAGGUGCCGGUAUACUGUGUGUUUGCUGUUAUGACGCAGUGCUUGUCUACUUUCCCGAAGAAAAUAACGUGAGGGCUAUGGGUUUGCUUCUCAGUGGAACAAGCUUUGGUCUGCUUUCAUUUACACCCCUAAUGUCUUUCAUCAUUUCAAUGUAUGGUUGGAGGACCCUUCUUCGAAUACUUGGUCCACUUCUCUUCAUGGUUGGAUUCCCAUGUGUCUGCACAUUCGGUGAACCCCCACCCCACCCUUCAGAUAACAGUGCCACCGUUGACAAACCGGGGAGCAUUCCCCAGCAGCAGGAUACCAAAGAAUUCGAACCGUUGAAGGGGGACUAUAGAAUCCUAGAUACGACCAAACAAACAGUAUCUUCAACAGAACAAUCUGAUGACUUCCCGCCAGGAAAGGAAAGUCAUAUUGAUAGCUUACCUGUAAAGGUGACUGAAGCGAGAUACCAAAGAAUAAAAGAUAUGGACACGAUGGCUUCUAGCGGGCGCUGUUUUUAUGAACCCGAUAAAUGGACUUUACCGUGUGCGGAUGGAGAGACGGGUAACGCUAAAGUACUAGGAACUUCAUCGAAUCCAAACAUGACGAGGAGAAUCCUAGUUGCUCUGACUCUUCCAGAACUUUGGUUGAUAUCAAUAUCAAUGAUACUUAAUGGCAUGGGAGACUGCUUUUACUUAGUCAAUUGGAUAAACUACAUGAUGUCAGUGGGGUUCACAGAAAUGACAGGAGUGCGGGUCGUGUCCGUGAUCGGGUUCGCAAACCUCGUCGGGAAGAUCGUCAUCAGUGCGAUAGGAGACUACAUUCCAUUUCCACGGGUUUUCCUUCUCGUCAUUGCCAAUGGAAUCAGCAUCGUGAUCAUGCUCCUCGUCAUGUUUACUAGGAGUGAGGUCAUUAUGUACGGCAUUGCUGUGGUUGUCGGCGGAGUAACGAUGACGACGACCAACACAAUCAGUUUUAGCCUUUCAAACGAAUUCUUUGGACCGCAGAGGGCGCUAGAGACCUCGGGUAUUAUUUUAUGCACCUAUGGAUCUGGAUAUGUUCUUGGAUCUCUUGUCGGUGAGAGUAUCGACAAAACUGGGUCUUACACAAGUGCAAUUUGGUCUUUCAUUGGAAUGCACCUUGUAUCAGGUCUUUGUGUUUUAAUGUCUCCUGUGUACCAACGUUUCUUCGCCCCAGACCGAUUUGUGACUUACGAACUAUAUCGGAAAAAGAAGGAGGCGAGGAAAAAAUGCUCGGUGUCUCAAAAGCAGUCAUUUGAUUGCAAAAUUGGUAACAUACCGUUAAGUCAGAAGAUUGUUUGUGAUCGAGUAACGAGUGUUUGAUAGUAAACAGCUUAAGGCAUCUAGGAUCCCAAUAGAGACUCGGCGCCUAAGAUGAAUAACAAUAAUAAUAACUUUUAUUUACUCAGGGUAGCCACUCUCAGCUGUAUGCUGAUCUUCCUGCGGGCCCUGCAUAACUUUCAUAAUAUGUCAUUACCCUUCUCCGUUCUCGUACGUCGAGCGCCUGACAAGAGAGCAGAAGGUCCAAUUUUUCAAGUCUUUGGUAUGACUCGGCCGAGGAUCGAACCCACGACCUCCCGUUCAUGAGGCGGACGCUCUACCACUGAGCCACCGUGUUACACAUUACAGAGAUGAACAAAUCAAUAUUGAAUCAACUUUUCAACCACAUAAUAUAUUAUUUACCUUAAAUCAAUUAUCUGUAGAAGAAUUUAGUUUAAUGACGAUUAUACUAAAAAGAAUGAAUAUUAACAGAAUUUUCUCGCUUAAGGUGGUGAAUAACAUGGGAUUUACAGCAAGGAAAUAUACAUUUUUCUUGUAUGAGUGCGUAACACUUAUUAUCAAGUCGCUGCAAAAACAUACUGUAUACCGUGUUAAGUUUCUAAAUCAUUAUAAACUAUAGUACAGAGAUGAAAAUUAUGAUCAUGGCAUAAUUACUGAAAUGAAAUUAAUGAAAAAUAAUAUAUGGUGGAUGGAAAUGGCUAUUGAUCUUAUUAACUCUUCCAAUACACUUAUUGCCAACUUGAUUGAAAUAUUAUCUCGAAGGUUUACUUAUUACAUUGUGAUGGGAUAUUGCAGAUAUAUAUCUAUAUGUUUUUAUUUUAGAAAAAAAUUACCAUAUUGCAAUAUUUUCUUCAUUACUAUUUCUAUCUUAUCAUUCAAAUCUAUUCAUAUUUUUGAUAUAUUUAAAUAAAAAUAUAAACAUUUUUAACCUAC